UUUCUCCGUUGGCAGUUUGUGUAGUUCAGUCUGACAGUGCUCCACGCUGUCAGUGACAGCAGUUCGGCCUCUGGAGAGCUCAGGAGUGGGUCAGAACUCCUUUGAAGGACCGACAUGAAGCUGCUGGACGAGCGGAUCUGGUCGCUGUUUAAGCGCAACUGGCCGCAAACUCUCAUCUACUGGAGCGUCUUCUUUAGCUUCGGCUUGUGCAUCGCCUUCCUGGGACCGACCAUCCUGGACCUGAGGUGUCAGACCCAGUCCACCCUGCAGCAGAUCACAUGGGUCUUCUUCUCCCAGCAGUUCUUCCUGUUGGUGGGCAGCAGCAUGGGAGGACUCUUCAAGAAAACACUCCUGUCAUCCCUGUCAGCCCUCUUCUCCUGCACUUUAAUCAUCUCGCUCGUGUUUGCCAUCAUACCGCUAUGCCAUCAUAUUGUUGUGUUGUCCAUUGUCAUGGCGCUUGCUGGCAAAGCCAUGGGGGUGAUCGACACCAUCGCCAACCUGCAGUUGGUGAAGCUGUACCAGAAGGACUCCGCCAUCUUCCUGCAGGCCUUGCAUUUCUUCAUAGGCCUGGGAGCACUGGUCAGUCCCUUGGUGGCUGAUCCUUUCCUGGCAGAGGACAGCUGUGUCCUGGGUGCCAACUGGACUGCCAACUCAUCUUCUUCCUCGGACCUACAGCACCUCCGCAGCAGCAUGGCUGGACACGGAGCAGCACUCCACAAUAUCUCCCAAUAUCCUCUGCACACAGAGGGUGUCGUCGUCACCAGGGUGUCGUACGCUUUCUGGAUCAUGGCUCUUAUCAAUCUCCCUGUGCCAGCGGCAGUGCUUACAUUGAUGUACUAUGAGAGACUGCUGCCUUGCUCCAGCAACCAUCCACGUUUGCUCGACAGAAGCUCUCUGUCCAGCAUGAGCCCCACUGGGGACAAUGGUCAAGGACAUGGGAGUUUGUUUGCUUGCUGUAAUCCUGCCAAACUCCGAGGUCGCCCGGCUACGUUCUUCAUCCUCCAUGCUCUAGGUGGUGCCAUCCUUUUCAUCACCGAUGGGAUUAUA